GAUUAUCAUAUGGGAUGGGGAUCGCCCUUAUUGGCGAAGUGGACCUUGGAAUGGAAACAUUUUCAUGGGAACAAGAUAUCAUAAUACUGGUUAUGGUAAUAUACUCAUUAACACCGGGUCAUUCGCACAGGAGGAAGUAAGAGGGAUGCUUUCUCUGGUUUUUACAGGUGCGAAUGAGACUUUGUUGCCUCGUUAUGUAAUAAUUGAUCAAGGGAUAUUAGCUGAAAGUGGUGGGAUGAUAGCAAGAAGAACAGGGGAAUUGCGUGGCAUGCCCCGGAAAAUAUAUGUGACACCUAUGGUAUGUGUGGAGAAUUUGGAAACUGCAACCCGCAGACUAAACCUAUGUGCAGCUGCUUAAAAGGGUUUGUGCCAAAGAACGCGGAGGAAUGGAGGAGAGGAAACUGGACAAGUGGGUGUGUGAGAAGAAAGAAGCUGCAAUGUGGGGUUCAAGGGGGAAAACAAGAUGGGUUUUUGAGGUUAAAGAUGAUGAAAGUGCCAGUUAAUGCUGAUAUUGUUGAAUGGUUUGUGGGUCUGAAUCCUGAUCAGUGCAGAACAACCUGCCUGGCAAACUGCUCUUGUUUGGCUUAUACACAUGAUACUGGAACUGGAUGUAUGAGAUGGAGCGAGAACUUGAUUGACAUAGAGGACCUUUCACCUGGAGGGGUGGACCUAUUCAUUCGGCUUGAACAAUCAGAGCUAAGUACUAGUAAGAGAUAUGACUUUAGGAACAGCAGUGAUUGCCACUAUCAUAUACUUCCUGUUCAAAUGGAGAGCUCGGAAAAAGGGUAAACACACAUCGGAUAGAAAUAGAAAA